AUGGUGAAGCCUCAGAAGCGAACCUUUGCGAAUAUGUCUGGUGAGGCCGCUCGGGAUGUCGACUUCUCAGUUAGCGCCGAUUGUGCCCUUGCAAUCCUUCCCGUCCCCGAACCAACCGAUUCAUUGCAGCAGACCAUGACCAAGAUGACCGAUCUGGCGCAAGUUGUUGCCGGUGGUCACAGUCUCGCUGUCCGCACCGGUUAUCGUGCUGCAGCCCACGCCGAACAUGACCCCGUCUCUCUUGCUAUGAAAAAUAUGACCGAAAUGGAGAAGCGGCAGUACAACGCUUAG